AAAUUAUAUCUUAAAGACUCAAAACAGCAAACACACAUCAAAAAGUCAACUUCCAUAUAAAGACUCAACAUCUAUUAUAGAAGCAAUAAGGAAGUGUGUGUUUACAUUAACGAAGCAGUAUGGCUUAUUUGUAUGGCAUAGCGGAUACCAAGCUUAAGACUGUGAAGGAGAGGAAAAGGGUCAAAAAACAAUGCACGGUACCACCAGUUAAGUAUCGAACCGUUGCUCCAUACGAACGCCACCAGAAAUACGAUCGUGAUAUAUGCCCCAUCCAGUUCCGAGUCACUCCCGCGUCCCUCGUCGAGCUAUGUGUUAAUGUAGUCGAUAAGCUGCCGUUGCCAUCGAUCUACGAGUGGAACGAUAAGAAUAUACGACUAUGGAUUUGCCGCCUGGGCUAUCCACAGUAUAUGCGCACAUUUCGUGUGAAUUUGAUAUGGGGUCGAAAGUUGUUGUUACUGGACGCCGAUGCGUUGUCGUCAAUGAAUAUCAAGGAUUUUGAUCACAUUAAGCACAUUACCUAUGACAUUCGCAUGUUGUUUCACUUUGAGCUGACGAAAUUCUCGCACAGUAUUUCGCUGCCGGAUGAGAAACCCAACGAGCUCUAUUUGCUGUGGCACACGCAGACGGGCCUCAACUAUGAUGCAGUUCGUCGCUCGGAUCUGUACAGACGCAUGCAACUCAUACGGGAACGUUCUCCUUCCCUGGAUCAUUGGGAUAUGCUCGAUUUGUGGCUGCGUCGCGAACGUGAACGCAAGUACACGGAGCUUGUUGGAGCCGUGCCGCGUUAUAAUUUGUACUCGUGCCCCAAGCCUCCAGUCAAGCGUUUCAAUCAGGUCACAUCGCGAACUAGGUGGGAUGUUGUUCAUCAAACUGACUGCAUGCCGCCCUGCGAUUGCUUCUGGACAGAGCGGGACACAGCUCUGCCCUGGCGUCUACAUUGCCUGGGUACGGCCAAGCCGACCGGCAAAAUCACGAAGAGCAGGUGGUUGGCACAUGAGACCAAGUGUCCCAGUUGUGUUCCGCCCUGCGAAUGCAAAUGGCUAUCCCGUCAUUAUUUGACCGGUACGGUAAUAACCUGCCUGAAGAAGCACUUUCCCGAUAAGUUUGCCCCCACUUUUGACUCUCGCCAAAACGUAAAGAUACGCCCCAGUGUGAUUGAAUAUUGGACUCGCUUCUCUAUGUAGAUUGUUGUACCUUACCCCACCCAUAUAUAUGCAUAUGGGUGUGCCCAUUCUUGUUGAUUUGCCUUGCUCAAUAUUGGGGGGGAAAUUUUCUAAAAAAUAUAAAUACAUCUACAUAUAUUUUAAA